AUGGGCAUUUUUGGGAGACGCGAGCACUCCCCAUUCAGCGUGGGCCCAGGAAGCCAAACUUGGGAAGACAAGGGCCUAGGGUCUCUGGUGGCCCCGGCUUCGGAUACCGAGACUUUGGAAGCCCGAGUUGCAAAGGCUAAGGCCUGGGAGACUCAGGCUUAUGAGGCACGGAAGAAGGCCACCCAACCCAAGCAAACCUCUGUAUUGAGGCUGGAAUCUGCCCAACCCCUGAAACAGAAACCCUUAAGUAAGAGGAUGGAGGUGCCAGAGAAGAAGAAGAAGGAGGAGAAGAGUAGUGAGGUCCCCUACACCCGGCCACUCUGGUCUAACAAGGUUGAGUACAUCCUGGCCCAGGUGGGCUACUCCGUGAGGUCAAUCAACCUUUGGCGGUUUCCCUACAUGUGGCUUCACCACGGAGGUUGUAAUUUUUUCAUCAUCUACAUCUUCUUGCUGUUCUUGAUUGGGACUCCGCUCCUCUUCCUGGAGAUGGCCGUCGGGCAGAGGAUGCAACAGGGCAGCACUGGUGCAUGGAAGAUCAUUGGCCCCUGGGUUGGUGGCGUGGGGUACACCAGCUUCAUGGUGUGCCUCAUUGCCAGCUUGUACUUGAAUGUGUUGAACACCUGGAUCCUCUACUACCUGGCGCAGGCCUUCAAGUAUUCCAUUCCAUGGGAGCAGUGUCCUCUACUGAAGAACUCCAGUGACUUUGAUCCCGAAUGUCAGCGGAUGACACCCGCCGUGUACUUCUGGUUCCGGACGACCUUGAAGGCCUCAGACAGCAUUGAGGAUGGCGGGGCACCAGACUUAAGUCUGACCUUGCCCUUACUGCUGGCUUGGUGUCUCGUUGGCACUUUCAUGAUUAAUGGGCUCAAGUCCAUUGGGAAGGUCAUGUAUGUGUUGGUGCCACUGCCCUAUAUAAUCGCGUUCUGCUUCCUCAUCCGGGGAAUGCUGCUGGAGGGAGCGGAGUUUGGCCUUCAACAUCUGAAGGUUUUGAAGAUAUCGGCUCUGUACGAUGUGGCGGUGUGGUGCUUUGCGGGGGUCCAAGUCUUAUUUAGCUUGGGUCUCGGCUCCAGCCCCAUCAUCUCUCUAGCCUCGCACAUGAACCCGUCCAACAACUGUCUCCACGAUGCCUUCUUCGUGAUGCUGUUCAACCUGGGCUCCAUGUUGCUCGCCACACCUUCCAUCUUCUGCCUCCUGGGCUUCUGGGCCACAAUCACCACACACCGCUGCAGCGAAAAGAACGCAGAAACGCUUUCCAGUCUGGUAACCCUGGGGAAACUGCCUCCUGAGGCCCAGCCCCCUGAAAACCUGGGGCACAACCCGGGCCCUGUCUUCUUCGCCUGGCUCAGCAGCCUGCCCCCGCCCAUUAGCAGCCUGGUCCUCAGCCACAUUGUUGAGUGUGACUUAGAGAAGCAAUUUUUGAAGGUGAAGGAGGGCUCAAACUUUGCCUUCCUGGCUGUUAUCGAAGCCCUGACAUUCGCUCCUGGCUCUGUCUUCUGGACCAUCCUCCACUUACUGAUGUUGCUGGCCUUUGGGCUGAAUGUCAUGCUGGGGACCCUGCAGAGCAUUGUCACUCAGCUCCAGGACAGCUUUUCCCCCUUCAGAAGGCAUCCGAAGUUGUGCACAGUGGUGGCCUUCGUGCUCAUGUUGCUGUGUGGCCUCUUCUUCAUUCGGCCUCCAGGCAUCUACUACACCAUACUGCUGAGUGAAUACUGGAUGAUCCUCCCCAUAGUUAUCAUCGUAAUAUUUGAAAAUGUGGCUGUGGCCUGGGCCUACGGAGCCAGGAGGUUCCUUGCAGACUUGGCGAAUCUGUGGGGCUGUUCCAUCCACCCCAUCUUUCACUGGCUGUGGUUCGCUGUGUGUCCAAUUGUGCUGCUGGUGCUGCUUGUGACCUGUCUGAUCCUUCUGCCUCUGAACACCAUGAGCUAUUUGGCCUGGGACUCAAGCACUGUGAGCCUCCCCUCAAAAGAGGUGUCUCGGCAAUACCCAACAUGGUUGCUGUUCACAAUGAUGUCCCUUUUCCUCGCUGUCAUCCUCCCCAUCCCCAUGCGCUUAGUGUACUGCCUCACCCACGGCAUUCCCUUUAAGCCCACGAGCUUGGAUGGGCCUGUCAAAGAGGUCCAAAAGGAGCCAGUCCUGCAGGAUGAUAACCAAACCGCUGAUCCACAGGCUGUGUGA